CAAUCAUCUUCUCCUUUAAAUAUCAUACUGAAAAACCUCCCACCGAUCACAUUUAACACCUACCCCCAUUGAAAACAAGACACAUUCACAAUCCCAAAAAAUCAUUCAAGCCCACAUCUCUACAAGCUGUUCCAGAUCCAAUGAGCAAGAAGAUCAUGAAGUUGCCUUCUCUUUUCAAGAACAAAGAAACAACAAAGCAGCCAUGGCAAUGGCCCUCAUGUAAGGAGCCAAGGACCCUUUCUUUCCGAGCUAGAGAUGACAUGUUCAAGACUGUGAACUCCAUGUUCUUUGACCCUAAUAUUGAUGGGGUUGAAACACCUGAGUCUUGGUUCACAACCUCUUCUGAGUCUGCAAGCUUUUCAACCGAGUCUGAGGACUUGGAUAAUGGUGAGUCAUUGGAGAUGCUAGUUCGUGGGGUGAGGUCUGAGAGGCUGUUUUUUGAGCCUGAGGACACAAGCUCGAUCUUGGUGAAACCAAAGGAUGAUGGGAUUCCAUUUAAAGAAAGUGUGGUGUUGGCAAUGGACUCUGACGAUCCAUACAUUGAUUUCAGAAGGUCAAUGGAGGAGAUGGUUGAAACUCAUGGGCUGAAAGAUUGGGAGUGCUUGGAAGAGUUGCUAGGGUGCUAUUUGAAGAUGAAUGGAAAGAAGAAUCAUGGGUUCAUAGUUGGAGCCUUUGUGGAUCUGCUUGUUAGUCUUUCUUCCACUUCUUGUUCUGAUUCAACUUCUUAUUCUUCUGCUGUUUCUUCCUUUCCUUCUUCUCCAUUAUGUUCUUCUGUGGGCCAGAAUGAGAUAGAAGAGAUAGAAGUACAACAGAUGGUAAUGUCUUAGUUUUUAAUGUAUCAAUCACUUUUGUGUAUAUUUAGCAGGUUAAAAAAUAGUGACAAUAUAUUGAGAUAUCAAAGUUCUCUCGCUUUCUCUCUUUCUC